CGUGUGGACGCUACGAAAGAAAUGGUAAAGUUGCAAAGUUUCAUUGUUUGAUGUGAACUCAUUCUUCAUUGAAUCUAACUAAUUGUAUACGUUUGCAGUUGUCGACGUUGGACCUUUUGUUUGAGGAGAAUAGGUCGAAGAAUGUGAGUUUCGUGGAUUUCGGAAUUGACAGGAAAGAUCGCGGGCUUCCUCAACAAGACAAUGACCGAGAUUGCGGUGUAUACGUCAUGAAGUACAUGGAGGCUGUGGCCAAUGAGGAAGAAGUAGUUGAUCAGUUUCACCCGGUUGAGGCACGUUUGGAAAUCGCUGCGAGGAUCAUAAUUGAUGAACAAAAUGAAAUUCGUACCAAAGUGGUUGAAGAUCGUAGGGCUGCACAAGGCAGCUCAUUUGCAUCAUCCUCGGCCCCUUUGCGUAGUCCGUCAAAGUCUCCACGCGAUCCUCGGUUCAAUACAGCGAAGUCUCACCAUGCAAACAUGUUUCCCACGUCAAGAGCCUCCCCUAGGUUUCAGUCUAGCAAGGCUAAGAUUUCAUAUGGUGAAUAGUCUGUAAAAAACACUUGUGUUAUUAAUAGGUUGUGUUAUUAGUGUGUUGUGUAGUUUGGAUUUGGGAGCAUAGGUUGUGUUAUUUGUGUGUUGUUUAGUUUGGAUUUGGGAGCAUUUGGAUUUAGACAUCUGUUUUAAUUAGUUGACGUUUGGAACUGGUUAUUAUGUUGACAGACUUGUGUUUAUUUUAGUUUUGAGAAUAUAUUAACUUUGAGAUUGCACCAUACUUAGCAAAUCUUUGUACUCACACCAUAACAACUCUUACAAUGUACCCAUACUUCAGAAGUACUUGAUUGUACUUCACAGAA